UGGGGUGGGUCUAAUUGAUGGGAAUCUUGCUUCCCCUCUCUCUCUGCUUCCCUCUUUCCCCCUUACCUCCCCCAGACCAGUGACCACCCAGCACAAGAAAAUAGUCCUUUCCUCUUAGUGAUAGGCUGAACCCACCUUCUCCCAGUUCCCAGUUCUGCCAUUGGAGAUCCCCUGCCAGUAACUUGCUUUGUGAACGGUGGCUGCUCAGAAAGAGGGCCUCAGUUUCCCCAUCUGUGCAAGAAGUGGGUUGGUCAGUUGAUUUCUCAGGGCUCUUACAACUCUGCAGUUCUUGAUUCCAAGCUUUACUUAAAGCCUGAGCAUCAACCGUAUGCCAGUCCCUGACCUGGGCUGGAGGGGAGGACAGCAGUAGCCAAAAGAGCACCUUUCACCCAAAGAAAAAGACAUCUUGGUUCAGUGGAGGGGGCUGUGGGAGGAGAUGCCACUCAACCUGACCUUGCAGAGUCAGAGAGACCAGUGUAAGAAAACACACAGAGGCAAGAGUGUGGGGACAGGCUGGGGGAUCAAGUAGCAGCCCCCUGUGGUUGGUGGAGGGAAGUGGGCAGGGAAGAUAGGCUGAGGUGAUCCAGGUGGGGGUCUGUUGGUAAGUGUCAGUAGAGGGUGCUGUGUAAAGUAGGACAACCAGGACCCCCCUCUCGCAGUGGGAGUGAUUUUGGAAGCAUUCAACCCAAGCAGAAUUUGGAAUACAGGUGCCAUGUGAAGUGUGGAGAUCUGUUCUGGAGUCAGGGAACUCAGUGUCCACACUAGGGACUUCCUUGGGUAGAAGUCGAGGAUCAAGGAAUGAAUGACAUGACUUUCUACAUCUUUGAGGGAUUUUUUUUUCAAGAGGACAAGAUCCUGCUAGGCGACCUGCCUCUACUUGCCAAACACUUGUCAUUCACUUAACCAUCCCCAUCCUGGCCUGCUUGUUGUGAGUACAAGGAAGAAUUCUUGUUCCAGACUCUUCUACCAGCCUGGCUUAUUGCCUGACAUGUCACCUUCCUCCAACUAUCACCUUGUUCCUGUCCUCCUUCUCCCCCCAUCCUCCCUGAGCAUUAUUAGAGACUCUAGAAAGUUCAGUGCUCCAGUGCUCCAGUGUCAGCUCUGAGGUUAAGGCAAGGCUUUGUUUGUGGCUGUAUUCAGCCUCAGUCUAGGACUAGAGUCAGGACUCAGAUGAUCAGGGUCAGGGCCAGGUCAGAGGUCAGCUUGGAACCACAGCUCAGUGUUUCGCCUACACUCAGGCUUAGCCCUAAAUUCUGGUCUCAGCGGGUACCUGAGGCCACCUUUCCCAAGGGCUCACACACCCAUAGGGCAGGUGAGAUGACUACCACAUGAGUCCCAGAAACCUGGCCUCUAUCUGCAUGACCCAGGACAUUGUAUGGGCCAGACUCAUGCCUGUUACAGUGGUCACCAGCCAUGGUGGAGGUGAAACUAGAAUCCAGGACUCCUGCCUCCAAGCCUGGGGCUCUGACUGUUGUUCCAAAGUCUGCUCUGACUCUGAGAUGCCUCCAUUUAAGAGGCAUAGCAAAUUUGUCUGAAUUCUAAUAGGCGCAGCUGGGUAGAUCUCAUUGUAUUUUUCCCACCUCCUGGUGCCAGGCACGUAGUAGGUACUCAGAACAUGUACCAUCAGGUGCAGGAGGAGAGGCCAGUGGUUUGUUCUGGUUUGGGGCUGGAGGAGGCUGGCUUGGUGGGGAAGGAUCUCUAGCCACUGUCAGAGGAAGUGGCACCCAUCUGGACCUGCCACCUCCCCCUCUCCUCCAGCGCCUGCAGCCCCACUCAGAGGCCACCCAGCUGGCCAUAUCAGGGCCCUUUCCUCUUUUGGGGUAAUAAAAGGAAAGUACAUUUUUGGUAGAAAAGUCCCUCUUGCUCCCUGGGAAUCCCCGGUGGCCGGAUGGACUACGGGAUAUCCCAUAGGAAGCUGAAGGCGGAGCCUUGCCACUGCCCCGACCCCCAGCACAAUGCAGCCAGGCUCUCCCACGCUGCAUCAGCUGGCCCAUGGGGUGCCCCUGAGGUCAUUUCAUCCAGGCCCCUGCCUCUUGGCAGGCCUGCAGGAAGCUCCCGCCACCUCUCUAAUGGUCAACAAGAAGACAGAUGAGCACCUCUUUGGAGCCCAGGCCCAGAUCUCUGGCAUCCAUAGGUCCUGCCCCUGGACACCUGGCCCUCGGCCCAGCCGGGCCAUGGCGCUGUGCCUGAAGCAGGUGUUCGCCAAGGACAAGACGUUCCGGCCUCGGAAGCGCUUCGAGCCAGGCACACAGCGCUUUGAGCUAUAUAAGAAGGCGCAGGCCUCGCUCAAGUCGGGCCUGGACCUGCGCAGUGUGGUGAGGCUGCCGCCGGGGGAGAGCAUCGACGACUGGAUCGCAGUGCACGUGGUAGACUUCUUCAAUCGCAUCAACCUCAUCUACGGCACGAUGGCCGAGCGCUGCAGCGAAACCAGCUGCCCUGUCAUGGCCGGGGGGCCCCGCUACGAGUACCGCUGGCAGGACGAGCGCCAGUACCGGCGGCCCGCCAAGCUGUCGGCACCGCGCUACAUGGCCCUGCUCAUGGACUGGAUCGAGGGCCUCAUCAACGACGAGGACGUCUUUCCCACUCGCGUUGGAGUUCCCUUCCCCAAGAACUUCCAGCAGGUCUGCACCAAGAUCCUGACCCGCCUCUUCCGGGUCUUUGUCCACGUCUACAUCCACCACUUCGACAGCAUCCUCGGCAUGGGGGCCGAAGCACACGUCAACACCUGCUACAAGCACUUCUACUACUUCAUCCGCGAGUUCAGCCUGGUGGACCAGCGGGAGCUGGAACCAUUGAGGGAGAUGACAGAGCGUAUCUGUCACUGAGCCCAAGCCUGGAGUCGCUGCCUGUCAGAUGGACCAUCUGAACACAGAGUCACUGGGGAGGGGACCCUCAGGAGUCUGGUGGUAGAGGACCCUGAAGUCCCUGGGACCCCUCCACACACACAGAGCCCCUGGACUUGUGGUUCUCUGGCAUCUGCCCACAUGCCCCCUGACUGCUUAUGGAUGGAGAAGGGGAGAGCAAAAGGUGGGCAAACAGAAGGAAAGAAGGAGCUACAUCUCCACGUGAUGUCCAAGGGUGCAAUAGGCUAGGGUUCUGCUCCAGGACUUACCCCUUUGGUGGUGGUUCCCACGCCUAUGUGGGGAAUGUGGAUGUGGCUGAGUUAGCAAGAAACAUACAAGAGCGGAAGCAAGCUGUGUGUGAAUAAGUGCAGAUGACUCUCUGUGAGUGUGUGAUUCUCACUGUGGGGUAUGUGUGUAAGAGCUGGCUGCUGUACCCUCCCUGGUACAUAGUAGGCCCUCCCUAUGUGUUAGGUCAGUGGUUGAAUGAAAGGAAGGAAGUAGGGAUUGAGACCACCAGACCAUGACCACUGUAGGAGUGACGACAGGUCAGUGCCCCCACUCAGUGUGUCUGACCACGUGUGUAAGUGCACAAAAUAUGAUGUAGAUGUAGCUCUGUAUUUGAACUUUCAGGCUACCAUCUUCCAUAAGCAUGAGUUCUGGGGAGCAAAGGAACAUAAGAAGGGAGUCUUGCCCUGAGUACCUAAAUCCUUGGCCCCCCACAGACAGAGAUUCUGAUUUGCUCACCCGGAGAUGCCCAGGAGCUGUCAUUUCACUCAUCCUUCUGCCUCCAGGAAAGUUUGAUUAUAGACAGCCUCUUGAGGGCUGGGGACUAUCCCUUAUGUCCACAUAGGUCCUCUGGUCCUUAAAGUGGGAAUCAUACACUCCAGUCUAGCUCCCGGAAUCUAUAGACUUGGCUCUCAGGAUCUGAAGCCCAGCACAAGAUAAUCCUCCAAACCAAGGAGCUAGUGAACUUGAAUUCAGAAACCCCAGAGAAUUGUCUCCCAUCCCAGGGCAGUGAAGACGUAUUGCUAGUGAAUGGACUCUUCCAAGCUUGGAAAGCCCCCAUUGUGCAAGGACCUGCCUCCUGCCCAGCCAUCCCCGAGACAUUCCAGCUGGUUGGAUAGCUGUCCACAGAGAACCUAGGAUGUUCGUUUGACACUCCAUUACGCCACACUGCCACGUGCAGCCCUGUGCCCAGACCCACAGGUGAGGAAACUGAGGCAGGGGAUGGAGAGCCAGGAUGGAGAGCCAGAAAGGGCUUGAGGAUCCCUGAGGAUCAUCCAGUCUUACAGAAAAAUCUGUGUACAUAGGAGGAAGCCGAAGCUCACACAGCAAGGCUUUUGUGGAGCUGGAGUAGAAACCAGGAGUCCUGACUCCCACCCCAGAGCAUGUGGAUUGCUGCAUAGGGAUAUGAGCUGCAUGGGGAAGAAGGGCUUGACAGCCGCUCUCUAGGGCACAACUGUUCCUGCUUUGAGCAAGGAUUUCUCAUGAAUGCCACAGUGCCCCACAGCCCCUCGGGUCUGCUGGAGCUGUAUCCUGAGCCAAGCCUCCAAAAUUAUGCCCCUCUCCGUGGCCCUGCAGCUGGCUGAUCUCUGAAGAAGCAGAUGGGGCUCCUGGGGCCUGCCAGCUGGACCUGGGACCGCUGCCUCUGGAGAAGUUCCCAAGGGAAACACUGACCCAGCAGCUUUGCCAGAGGCUUUGGGGUGCGGUGGGGUCCAGGGGUCAGAGAUUCCCUCAGAUUCCCUGUAGAUUGGAAGAUGGGUUCUAGGCUGCGGCCAGUGCUCACUGGGAAGGGGUGGGAGACGGGAAAUCUAUUUUUGUGAAACAGAGGGAAGAGUUUAUUAUUGUUAUUUUUGGUAAAAUAAAGGAGGCAAACUAAA